AUGUACCCUCGACGCCAGCACCACGCAGCAUCCGUCACAAUUUGUCUCACCCACAGCACAUCCAAGCCGACAGGCAUCAACAGGGUCAACCAAAUCGAUGCAGAAUGUAUCAAGAAGGCCCAUCGUCACUAUACAACACCUCAUAGCCCGAAACGUCUCCCUGCGCGCCAUGGCAACAGUGAGCAGGACCUACAAUAUUCCAUCCUCUCUCAGUACCAACGCAGCAAGUCCACGCCUAGCAAGACCGGGCUCUUCAUCUCGCCCCAUCUCAUUGCCGUCCGGGAACGCAUCAGGAUCGACUCGGCACCCAUCUCAGAAGAUCUCUUCGCCAAGUACUUUUUCCAGGUAUGGGAUCGCCUUGGCGAGUCCAACGCGUGCCCCGAGGACGCAGCGCCCGGCUCGCGGCCACUGUACGCCCGGUACCUCACGCUCAUGAGCUGGCAUGCCUUCUUGCAAGAAGGUGUUGACUGCGCGGUGUACGAGACGGGCAUAGGAGGGGAGUUUGACGCUACCAACAUUGCCGAGCGGCCCGUGGCUUCGGGCAUAAGCACGCUCGGUAUCGACCAUGUCUUCGUGCUGGGGGAUACCGUGGACAAGAUUGCCUGGCACAAGGCGGGCAUCAUGAAGCCGGGGAGUCCGGCUUUCACGGUUGAGCAGGUCCCCUCUGCGGCAGAGGUCUUGCAAACCCGAGCCAAGGACAAGGGCGUGGAUUUGAAGGUGCUGAGUGUUGACAAGAGGUUGGCCCGAGUCAAGAUUCGCCCAGAUGCCCUUUUUCAGAAGAAGAACGCUACACUGGCGAUUGCUCUCGCAGAAUCGGCGUUGCGGCAGCUGGGCGUCCAAGUCGGAGACAACGCAACGUCAUUACCCAAGGAAUUCAUCGACGGCUUGGAAGAAACGGUAUUCCGCGGCCGGUGCGAAGUAAAAGACGAAGGUGUCGUAAAAUGGUUCGUUGACGGCGCCCAUACAGCUGACAGUUUGAAAAUGUCGGCCAAGUGGUUUGCCGACGAAACUUCAAACAGGCAGGUUUCUUUUCCCGCAACUAUCGCUUCUGGCCCACGCAUCAUGAUAUUCAACCAGCAGGGCCGCACCGAAGCAGUCGACUUCCUCACACCCCUCCAAAAGGCAACAUCCCGCAACUCCCUCCCGUCCUUUGACCACGCCGUCUUCUGCACAAACGUGACGUACGCCAAGACGGGAUACAAGCGGGACUUUGUUAACCGCAGCAUCGACCCCAAGGAGAUUGAGACGCUGUCCGUGCAGAAACGCUUCGCGGACAAGUGGAGCGAGAUUGACCCGGGUUCCAAGGUUGUUGUAAUACCUACCAUUGAGGAGGCGCUGGACUAUGCGAGGCGUGUUGGCGAAGAGGAAGGCACCCAGGCGGUGGCAUAUGUUACGGGGAGUUUGCAUCUGGUUGGCGGUGCAUUGGGGAUACUGGAGAAGGCGGAUGCCUUGUGA